CUCACACCUUAAAAGAAGAACACUCAGUUUCUCUAUCUCUUCAUAUUUUCUCUAUACCUGUCUUCUGAAAGCAAGCUUAGACUUGACAAUAAUGGGCAACAAACGCAGAGAAGCAAUGAUGAUGAUUCUAGUGGUAAUAAUGAUGGUGUUGUCACAGAGGUUGUGUGAAGCGGAGGACUUAAGAAGAUACACAUCAUCAAGACCACAAAGAUUUUUCAAGGUGAGAAGACCAAAUCCACUUCAACAUCAUCAUGAUGAUCAAGGUUUCAUAUAUGAUGAUUACCCUCCAGAAAGUUUCUCAGGGUUUUUGCCUAAGACAUUACCAAUUCCACCUUCUGCUCCUUCCAAGAAACACAACGUCUACGGUUUACAGAGAACUAAUUAUUACAAUCGCUGAUUGAUUCCAUGGAGAAGCCAACUCAAGGUCGAGCUAUUUUUGGACGCACGCCUACUUAGUUUAACCCUACUUGUAUCAUAGUUUGGAGAAUAUGUAUCCUAUAUAGUAUGAAUGAACACCCAUGAUGAUUGAAUAAUUGUAAUGCAUCAUCAUAUAUAUGUUGAUGUACCUUCUUUGUUCUCUAUCACAAAACACCUACAUGUUUUUUUUCUUGAA